AUGACCAAUCUUCCACUUCCCGGAUCGACCGAGGUUGUGUCUCCGAUUUACCUUCUUCUCGCAUGUGGCAUUGUGUUUUACAACUCUUGUCUCCGAGCUAGCAUGGUUUUAUCAUCGGACUAUUGUACUUCUAUCUUUAUUGCUUUUAUCUUUGUUGUACUAAACUCUGAGAAUGAUAUUCUCCUAAGCUUUGUACUAAGUUUGAGUGAUUGA